AGUGAAUCAGCAGUGCUGCCCUGCAUUUCUCCUCCAUGGUGAUUCCCAGGACACAGAUCCAGUGAUCAGUGUGACUCUGUUCUCCUCCAGCUAAGGAAAGGAAAAUCCCAUGUCAGAUGCCUGCCUGCACGUGACCUAGACCUUGCAACACAACGAUCUCACUGAUCCAGAGGGAAGUUCUGCUCAUAGCACUGUCAUAGGCAGUGCUAUGACAAACUAUAGAUGAACACAGCACAGCCUUAAAGCUUCAACACCGCAUUUGUCCAUGGGGCUUGCACAGAUGUGGUCAGCAGUUGGAGAAGACUUGACAUCCACACUCACAGCCCUGCUCUGCCUAGGACUAAGUCUGGGACCCAGGACCCAAGUGCAGGCAGGGAGCCUACCCAAACCUAGGCUCUGGGCUGAACCAGGAUCUUUGAUAAAAAUGGGAGAGACUGUGACCCUCUGGUGUCAGUGGACUCUGGGGGCCCAGGAGUGCCAUCUAUACAAAGAUGGAAGAUUUGCAGGCUCGAAGACAGUGACCUCACAAAACCCCACAAACACUGCCAAGUUCUUCAUUCCUACAAUGACCGAAAACACUGCAGGACGAUAUCACUGUUAUUAUAAGAGUUCUGUUUCCUGGUCACUGUCCAGUGAUACUCUGGAGCUGGUGGUGACAGGAGUCUACAGCAAACCUAGCCUCUCAGCCCUGCCCAGCCCUGUGGUGACCUCAGGAGGGAAGGUGACUCUGCAGUGUGGCUCACAGCAGAGAUUUUACAAGUUUGUUCUGAUCAAUGAAAAGGAGAAUCUCUCAUGGACCCAAGUCUCAUGGCAAGGCCCCAGUGGGGAGGCCCAGGCCCUGAUCACUUUGGGCCCUGUGACCCCCAAACACAGGUGGUGGUUCAGAUGCUAUGGCUAUAACAGUAAUAAACCCCAGGCAUGGUCAGAGUCCAGUAACUCCUUGGAGCUCCUAAUCCCAGGACUGUCUGGGAAACCCUCCCUCCUGACACAGCAGGGCCCUGUCCUGGAACCUGGAUACAACCUGACCCUCCAGUGUCGCUCUGACCUCAGCUAUGACAGAUUCACCCUGUCCAAGGAGGGGGCAGGUGACCUUCUCCAGCACCCUAGCCAGAAAGCCCUGGCUGGGUUCUCUCACGCCCACUUCCACCUGGGCCCUGGGAGCAGCUCCCAUGGAGGCCGCUACAGAUGUUAUGGUGGACACAGCCUCUCCUCUGAGUGGUCAGCCCCCAGUGACCCUCUAGACAUCCUGAUCACAGGACAGCUCCCUGUCACACCAUCCCUCUGGGUGCAGCCAGGACCCACAGUGUCCACAGGAGAGAACGUGACCCUGCUGUGCCAGUCACAGAUUCCAAUGGACACUUUCCUUCUGUCCAAGGAGGGGGCAGCUGAUACUCCACUGCAUCUGAGAUCAGAGUCCCGAGCUCAACAGUCCCAGGCAGAAUUCUUCCUGGGAGCUGCGAGCUUGAGCCUCCAGGGGAUCUACAGGUGCUAUGGCUCUCAUGACUCAUCUCCAUAUCUACUUUCACACCCCAGUGACACUGUGGAGCUUGUGGUCUCAGGACUGGAAAGGCACCUGAAGAUUCUGAUUGGGGUCUUGGUAGCCACCUUCCUGCUGUUGCUGCCCCUCCUCCUCAUCUUUGGCCUCAGACACUGGCGUCAGGACAAAAGCAGGAAGGCAGGGGCUGUAGGGCCAGUGCCCAAGAACAGAAGACUACAGAAGGAGUCAUUCCUGCCCGAGAACCCUGACUCUCCUGCCUGCCACUCUCAUGGCCAUCUGACACCCACAGAAGUCCCCAGCUCCAGCCUAGCCACUGCCAUCCAAGAAGAAAACCUCUAUGCCACUGUGAAGGACACAAAGCCUGAAGACCAAGUGGACCUGGAUGCUGGGGCUGCUGCACAUGAGGAAACCCAAGAUGUGACCUAUGCCCAGCUGUGCAACUGGAUGCUCAGAGAGGGACCAGAUUCACCUCCUUCCUCCCAGGAUGGGGCCCUCCCAGCAAAAGCCAGUGUGUAUGCUGCCCUGGCACCCACUCUCCCAGGAGCCUUCCCAAAGGAGACUAAGUGAGGCCUCAGCCAGGGACAACACACAGAAACUUCCAGGGAUUCUAGAACCUUCUGAAACUCACCUGACUCUGCUGUCAAACAGUGUUAACAUCUCUGUGUGUUGGAAACAAAAUGAAACAUUCUUCAAUAAUCUCUGAGUGAAGCAAGAAAGAAACGAUGGGAGAGAGUAUGUGAAAUGAUCAGCUGAUGACAGCAGGACACUACAUGCAUAGGAAAUAAAAAGUUAAGAACCAUGGA